UAAAUUUGAUCAAGAGUCGUGAGGGCUCGACGUGCCUACUGAGCCCUAACGAAAAGAGGGUAAAAAGACGAUUGCCCCCGCCGCUGCCCUUGCCCCUACUCUGUCGUCCCCCCUGCCAUUGCCGUCAUCUCGCCUCUUUUUCGUCACUUUUUUGCCAUCGUCGUCUCGUCUCGCCAACAGUCGAUACAACAACUAUUGAUGAGAUAAGGCGACGAAGACGAGGUGAUGACAGCGAGACAAGGGGUGGCCAUGGCACAAGCAACGACAGAGCAGGAGCUGCGCAAAUCCAUGAAAAGAGAAAGAAGAGAGCAAGGUUUGCAGUGUACGAGGUAUUCGAGCGUAUGGCCUACCAUGGGAUCUCGUCCAACUUGAUACUCUACUUGACAAAGAGGCUCCACCAGGGCACUGUGGCCUCCGCCAAGAACGUCACCAACUGGGUCGGCACCGUCUGGAUCACCCCCAUCUUUGGCGCCUACGUAGCGGACGCGUGGCUGGGUCGUUACUGGACGUUCCUGAUAGCCUCCGCCAUUUAUCUCUCGGGAAUGUCACUGCUAACACUGGCAGUUUCAGUUCCCGGACUACGACCUCCGACCUGCUCGGACCCUGAUCCGACCCGCUGCCGGAAGGCCUCGACUCUUCAACUCGCGGUGUUCUACGGCGCACUCUACACCUUAGCCAUCGGCACCGGCGGCACGAAGCCCAACAUCUCCACCAUCGGAGCGGACCAGUUCGAUGACUUCGAGGCCAAGGAGAAGGCCCAGAAGCUCUCCUUCUUCAACUGGUGGAUGUUCAGCAUCUUCUUUGGUACUCUCUUCGCCAACACCAUCCUGGUUUACAUACAGGACAACGUGGGCUGGGCUCUGGGCUAUGGGCUUCCAACUUUGGGCCUUGCCGUGUCCAUUCUGAUCUUUUUGGCGGGCACCCCUUAUUACAGGCACAGAGUGCCCACUGGGAGUCCAUUCACAAGAAUGGCUAAGGUUAUAGUGGCUGCCCUGAGGAAGUGGCGGCUACCCAUUCCAAGCGAUCCUAAAGAGCUGUAUGAGUUUGAUUUGGAGAAGUACACCCAGAAGAGCAAGUUUCGGUCCUUUCGGAUUGAUCCCACACGCACCUUGAGGUUCCUGAACAAAGCUUGUGUGAAGGCAGGCCCAUCUACACCAUGGAUGCUAUGCCCAGUUACCCAAGUGGAGGAAACCAAACAGAUGCUGAGAAUGAUACCCAUCUUGAUUGCCACAUUUGUUCCCAGCACAAUGGUUGCACAGAUCAACACCCUUUUUGUAAAACAAGGCACUACUCUAGACAGAAAGCUUGCUGGAUUCAGUAUUCCUCCAGCCAGCCUAGCAGGAUUUGUGACAAUCUCCUUGCUUAUCAGUAUAGUUAUCUAUGAUCUCUACUUUGUGAAAAUUAUGAGGAAAUGGACGAAGAACCCUAGAGGCAUCACUCUCCUGCAAAGAAUGGGAAUAGGGUUGGUUCUCCAUAUUGUUAUUAUGCUAAUCGCGUCGCUAACCGAAAGGUUUAGGCUAGGUGUUGCCAGGGACCAUGGCCUAAUUGAAAAUGGAGAGCAAGUUCCUUUAACUAUAUUCAUCUUGCUGCCUCAGUUUGUGCUCAUGGGAACAGCUGAUGCAUUUCUGGAGGUGGCGAAGAUCGAGUUUUUCUAUGACCAGGCGCCUGAAAACAUGAAGAGCCUGGGGACAUCUUACUCCAUGACUAGUCUGGGGAUCGGGAACUUCUUGAGCAGCUUCCUUCUCUCGACAGUUGCUCGUAUCACCAUGGAGCAUGGCCACCAUGGCUGGAUUCUCAACAACCUCAAUGCCUCUCAUCUGGACUAUUACUAUGCGUUUUUCGCGGUACUAAACUUGUUGAACUUCAUUUUCUUCUCGAUCGUGACUAGGAUUUAUGUAUACAAGGCUGAAGUUUCAGAUUCAAUGGAGAUUCUUAGACGAGGAUCGGAUAGCAUUUGAAUGCAAAUUAAUUAGCUACUAAUAUGGGUUCCAGCUUUAAUGUUUGAUGAUCUUUAGAUGAUGCUAA